AUGCUUUUCUCAUUGCUUCUUCUGGCUUUAAUUUCCCUUCGUUUGUCAAAUGCUUCAGGUGAUUGGUGGUGGGGACGUUUUCCACAAUGGAGCAGUGAACAUGGUUACGGACAUUUAGGUGAAAACGACCAUGGACAUGGUCAUAAUCAUAAAUAUGAUGAUCACUAUGAUCAUGACUAUGAACAUGGUCAUAAUGAUAAACAUAUUGGUGAUUAUGAGAAAAGUUCAGCUCAUGGUUCGCAAAGUGACUGGGGUAAUUAUGAUUACGGUGGACGUGGUGAUUAUUUAAAGGAACAUGCUUAUAAGAAAGGUUAUGGGCACUCGGAUGGUGAAGAACAUGGAAAUAAGUGGGGUCACAGCAGCGGAUAUCAUCAUGAUGAUCAAGACGAUGGACAUCAUCACCAUGGUCAGCACAAAGGGCAGCAUCAUGCACAUAGUUACGAACACCAUCAUCAUGGACAUUGA